AUGGACAUGCACAGUAAAGAAAGACAACCUACACCAGAAGGCAUCCUAUUAGGAAAUCAUGGAAGAAGGAUUGAGAGCCGAGUGCUUGAGAUUGCAAAGACUAGAAAUCUCAAAUCACUAAUAGCAAUCUGCGACGGAAUCGACGUUUCUGAAAUCGAGGAAUGCCAGAAAGAAUUGCCAUCCGAACCCAAUGUCAACUGUGAUAAGAUUGAUAACGUCGACAAGUACCGUACCAUUAACGGCACGUGCAACAACAAAAUGUUUACGUCAUGGGGUGCACACGACCAACCGUUCAAUCGUUUUCUGCCUUCAGCCUAUGGCGGAACGGGAUUUAAUGAACCUGUUACAAAACGCAAUGGAAAACAUCUGCCUAGUGCUAGAAACAUUAGCCUAGAGCUCCAUCCGGACAAAGCAAUUGCUGAUAAUGAUCACAGCUACUUACUAAUGCAAUGGGGUCAGUUUCUGGAUCAUGAUUUCACUCUUGCCAUGGAGACCGAAGACGACAUGACGUGCAGGAACGACUGUUUCACGAGUGACGAGAGAUGUUUUAAUAUUCUGAUCGAUAGCGAUGAUCCACAGUUCGGUACCGCGUGCAAGUUUCCAAGAAAAUGCAUUCCGUUGAUCCGAUCGGCGCCAUCACCGGACAUAUGUCGCCACGUUGUCUUUCCUCGUGAACAAGUAAACGAGAUCACGGCGUAUAUCGACGCAUCCAAUGUCUACGGAUCCGUGAAGAGUGUCGCUGAACGACUAAGAACGGGCGUCGACGGAAUGCUAAAGACUAACUUCGACGGAAAGAGUUUACCGUUUGAUUUUGAAUGUAACCCAGACAAGGACGAAUGCAAUGUUAACCCACCCUGUAUGGGACCGGUCUGUUUCUGCUUUCUGGCGGGAGAUCGACGUUCUACCGAGCAGACCUUCUUGACGACAAUGCACACUCUGUGGGUGCGCGAACACAAUCGUAUCGCACGGAUCUUGAAGGCAAUAAACUCACACUGGAGUGACGAGGUUCUUUAUCAAGAGACGAGGAAAAUUAUCGGAGCUCUUCAUCAGAGGAUCGUCUACAGCGAAUACGCUCCUGAGCUGCUCGGUCACUUUGUGUUCGAUCGACUUGUUCCAAAGUAUCGCGGAUACGACGAGACCGUUAACGCGGGCAUUAUCAACGAAUUUGGGACGGCGGCGUAUCGCAUGGGUCACAGCCAACUGCGGAAUACUCUGAAUCGCCUCAACGACAACUAUCAGUUGAUCGACUCGUUUAGAUUUCGUGACGCAUUUUUCCAACCUCAUCGUUACCUCCUAAAUCCCGACGGCUCAGUGAGCAAGAACAACUUUGACAACUUGUUUCGUAGUCUUCUCGAGCAAAACUCUCAAUUUAUCGAUCGCUUCGUGUCCGACGAGCUUACCAAUCACUUGUUUGAGCCACGCACAAGUGAUGGUACUCAGACAGGACCCGGAUUAGAUCUGGCGUCGCUUAACAUUCAACGAGGACGUGACCACGGAUUGCGCCCAUACAUCGAUUAUCGUACCUAUGCUCUUACCAAGCUCAAACAAAUGGAUAUCCCUAUACCUCGACUAAUCAUGUCAGUAGAAAACAAGAUUAAAAUCGCUCUUGUUUACGGAUCAAUUGCCCAGUGUGACCUGUGGGUAUGCGGAUUACUGGAGACGCGACUCGAGGAAGCAUUCCCGUUGCAGAGCAGCUAA